AGUAACCCGUUAAUAAUGAUAAAAGAAAAAAAUUAUUAAUUCAAUUCUUUACGACUUGAAUUUUGACAAAAAAAAAAUCAAUGGACAGUACUCGUCGGGAAUGACAAACUCGAAAUAAUUAUUUCAAAAUGUAUUUUAUUCUGAGAAAUUAUUCGAAAUAAUUUUUUUUAAGAACUUUCCCCCAACCAUCUUCCUCCAUCACCCACAAAAAUCUAAAUAAUCCCGCACUCUCCCCACCAAAAAAUCUGAAAAUCGUUCCCUCAAUAUUAUGACACAAACGAUAGGAGAGGGAAAUGUGGAAGGUAAAUAACAUAGCGGAGAGUGAUCUCACAGUAUCAUGGCAAUUUUCGAUAUUCUUGUAAACGACUCAAGCAAAUCACAGUCUGUUUAUUCAUUCACCUAUCAGUCGACUCACGACCGUCUCGUCGUACAGACGGCGCGCGUCUUGACGCUCCCGUGUCAUCAAUUUUACCAUCAAUUAAUUUUCAAUGGAGUGAGUUUAACACUAGUGAAAACAUUUUAAUCGAUCAUGGCUGCGUGAACGUUGGUGAUACGAACGCCAGUAAAUGGAUUUUUUUGUAAAUCAAAAAACGAAAUAGAUCGAUCGAUCGAUCGAUCGUUACUCUCACUGAAGUGUUUUUAUUUAUCUUGAAGGAGGUGGAAUCAUUUUUAAUAUCCACGCCUGUCAUAUACCUUGACAUUAUCGUGAAGGAGAGCAAUAUAACAAUGGAAUUUUGAUGGCUUUUUUCGAGACGUUUUGAGAAAUUGUCUCGGAUAUUUAUCGUUUCUUGGUUGAAAGAUUUUCAAAGACAAAUCCGAGAAUUUUUCAUUUUUCUAUUGACACCACGUGGCUGGGAACAUUCCAGAAUGCUGGCGAGUGAUAAUUUAAUUUGAACUACUGGAUCGCAGGAUUUUUUUUCCAAGGGAGAAAAUGGCAUCUGUCGAGGCGAGGAACGACAGGCAAGAGCAUGGAUUGGGUUAUCAGAAUACAUUGAUGUAUGGUCGUUACACCAAGGACCUCGGUGAAUUUGCGAAAGAAGAGGCACGCAGAUUGAAAUCGACUGAGAAAACGAGGAGAAAACUAGACAAAGUCAGAGCCGAGGAGUUGAGGAAAUCGCGGAGAGGUCCCCUGUGUAGGAAGGUAGUUGCCCUAGUAGCUUUCGCAUGGAAACACACGGGGGCGAGAUUAGGGGAGGACUGGGUCUUCCUGGCGCUGUUGGGAGUCAUCAUGGCAUUCAUCAGCUAUGCCAUGGAUCGAGGAAUAUCGAUGUGUAAUAACGCUCGAAUAUGGUUGUACCAAGACCUGACAUCACACCCAGCCCUGCAGUACCUGGCCUGGGUGUCCCUUCCAGUCUGCCUGAUCCUCUUCAGCGCGGGUUUCGUUCACAUCGUAGCCCCCCAAAGUAUCGGCUCGGGAAUCCCCGAGAUGAAGACAAUCCUCCGAGGUGUUGCCCUCAAAGAGUACUUGACUUUUCGCACCCUAGUGGCCAAAGUGAUCGGCCUAACAGCAACCCUGGGCUCGGGUCUGCCCCUCGGAAAGGAAGGUCCCUUCGUCCACAUCGCCAGUAUCGUAGCAACCCUCCUCUCAAAAUUAGUCACAUCCUUCCAGGGAAUCUACGAGAACGAGUCCAGGAACUGCGAGAUGUUGGCGGCAGCUUGUGCCGUUGGUGUUGCUUCCUGCUUCGGCGCUCCUAUCGGAGGUGUUCUCUUCAGCAUCGAAGUAACAACUGUAUAUUUCGCCGUGAGAAACUACUGGAGAGGUUUCUUUGCAGCUGUUUGCGGUGCAACCAUGUUUCGACUGCUGGCAAUUUGGUUUCAGCGUGAGGAGACCAUCACCGCAAUGUUCGCCACCAACUUCACCAUGGACUUUCCUUUCGACCCGCAGGAGCUCUUCGUUUUCGCACUCAUUGGAGUUGCCAGCGGUCUGGGAGGCGCCUUCUACGUCUGGCUCCAUCGACAGUACGUUAUCUUUAUGAGAAAGAACAAGAGUAUGAACUCAUUUCUCCAGAAGAACAGGUUUCUCUACCCUGGGAUUGUCUCGUUGAUAGUCUCCUCGGUGUCCUUUCCAAUGGGCCUGGGACAGUUCAUGGCUGGAGAACUCAAUACUCAUUAUCAGGUCCAGGGACUCUUCACUAAUUUCACGUGGAGCAAACAGCACCUGAGUGUCGAGGAGAUGAGCAUCGUUAAGCACUGGUCGACACCUUAUUCCGAUGUCUUCCUGGGGCUCUUUGGAUAUGUUCUUUUUACCUUUGUUUUUUCAAUCAUCAGCUCGACGGUGCCGGUACCCUCCGGAAUCUUCAUUCCGGUUUUUAAGAUUGGAGCGGCGGUGGGGAGGAUGGUGGGGGAGGCUAUGGCUCUUUGGUUUCCCAAUGGGGUGAGAUAUGGAGGAAUCAACACACCCAUCACACCAGGGGGAUAUGCAACUGUGGGUGCAGCGGCCUUCUCAGCUGGCGUCACACACACAAUAUCCGUUAGUGUUAUAAUUUUCGAAAUGACUGGACAAAUAACUCACAUCGUUCCUAUUAUGAUAGCUGUUUUAAUAAGCAAUGCAAUAGCAGCUUUAUUGCAACCAAGUAUCUACGAUAGUAUUAUUCUUAUUAAAAAGCUGCCAUACCUUCCGGACUUGCUGCCUUCAAGCUCUGGAAUGUACAACAUUUACGUAGAAGACUUUAUGGUUCGGGAUGUCAAGUACAUUUGGCAUGGAAUAAGUUAUCAAAUCCUCAAGGAAACCCUCAAAUCUAACCGUAAAUUACGGGGAUUCCCCCUAGUUGAUAGUCCUGAAUCGAUGAUACUUCUGGGAUCAAUUCAACGCCUGGAAUUGAUCAAGUUGAUUGAGAAGCAGAUUGGACGAGAGCGAAGACUUCAAGUGGCUCAGAAGCUCCAGAAGGAGGCAGAAGAGCGCGCCCGAGAAGAAAUAGAGCGCCAACUCCGAGAGCAGGAGCGAACACGACGUCCAUCGCGUUUCGAGGUGAUUCCCGCUCCCGAUAUUUUGAAAAUCCAACGACAAAGUGUGAACGACCUCUCGACAAUCCCUGGAAAUCAGCCGGAGCAUCACACCUACCACACACCGAUGUUUGGUUGUCAGCCGAAAAAGUCAAUACUCAAGAAGACAAACUCCUUCACGCUGAAAGGCUUCAGCCCACUAGUGAGUCCAGCCGUCACGCCGUAUACGACUGUAACCGGGGCUGAGAGCAGGAUCAGACUAGCCUUCGAGGCAAUCUUCAGGAAGUCAGCGACUCUUCAAGAUGUCGAGCCCGACCCGGAAGUGGGAAUUGUUAACAGUACGGCUGAUGAAUCCACUGCUGGUGUCAAUCAGCCGAUGCUACCGAGCCCCGCAACAUCCAAGAAGGUUCAGCUGCCUAGGGAACGAGUCAUUGAUAUGUCCGCUGAAGACCAGAAGAUCUGGGAGGAGAGCGAAAUGGCGAAGGACGUUGAUUUCUCGAGGUGUCACAUUGACCCAGCGCCCUUUCAACUUGUCGAGAGGACUUCGCUUCUCAAGGUUCACAGCCUCUUCAGCAUGGUUGGCGUCAACCAUGCGUAUGUAACUGCCAUUGGGCGGCUUGUUGGAGUUGUGGCGUUGAAGGAACUGAGGAAGGCUAUUGAAGACGCAAACUCUGGGGUUUUACCAGCCCACGGUGAUAAUAUUCAUCCCGUUAUUUCAGUCUCUGGUUUAGGAAAGCGGCAGGAGUCAGAGGAUAUCAGUGACGACAGAAAUGGGGGGGAAGAUUUGCAAAAGAUUAAUUCUAUGGAUGAUGAGGAUGACAAGGAUGAUCGGGACAAGACGAAGGAGAGUGCGUAACUCGACAAUUUUUUGAAUGUUGGAUUCCGUCUUCCUUCGGAUGAAGAACAUCUUCUGUGCAUCCUUCGUAAAUUUAUUCAAUAUUUUUAUUAUUAUUGAACAGUGUUCAACAUUAGAGUUGUUUAUUUCAAUGCAGACAUUGUGAUAGUCUCGUCCAUCGAUGAGACCUGAUUAUAAGGCUUCGAUAAUGUAAUCAUAUCCAACUGUUAUCAUUCAUUAUGACAAAGAAGCACUAUUCGUAGUACUCACUAUUGGGGAAAUUAUGCAGACACGUUUGAGAUAUUUUACACUAAUUGAAUCGCGAAUGAAGAAUGAACGAAUAAUUCAUUCGUAAUAAUUUGUAUAUAUUUAUGUUGAACAUGUAUUUGAACAUCUCAGUGUGAAGUUUUGAUGUAUGUCGUGAAUACGGUUGUGUCAAUGAUAUUUUUAUGCCAUUAUGAAGAAGCAGACGCGUCGAUUACCAAAUAUCGAACAAAUAAUUUAUAUAGAGUUAUAUAUCGUGUUUUAAAUAAACUUUACAAUCGAUGAAUUUUUAGCUAGGGAUAGGCAUAGUCUUUAGGAGACUGGUUUUACAUUCCAUCCAGAAGGAAGUAAAGAUAUUGAAAUGAAUAUUGUCGACUGAAAUAGUUAAUGCUAACGACACUCAUCAAUCCGCUGAAUUAUACAUCAUGUAGAAUUGAAUAUUUGUAAAUAUAUGAAGGUAAUUUAUUGUA